CAAUGGCGCCGCCUGUGCCGCCGUAUGGUCUCUGCUAGCCCCGAAGUUUGGAGGCAAAAUGUCAGAAAACACAGAGUUUUAUUCUGAAACAGUGUCCAUCAUGGAGACGGCCAUGAAGACGGCCGCUGACGUUAUCGGGAAUUCAAGGGAAGACAGUUCCUCUAAGGAGCCGAGUACGAGACGCCAGCAGGACACCAUCUUGGAGACGUUGGCGCGGGAGGCGACAAGGAAGAUCAGCGAGGUCUUCUCCCAACUGUCCUCGGUGCUGUGCAACGAAAACAAGACCCUGAGGGCCCAAGUGGGACAUCUGGAGGGGGAGCUGAAGACCGUGAGGGGAAACUUUGAAAGCGCCAGAACGUGGAGAGAAAACGUCCUGAGCGGCUGCCCGGUCCUGUUCGAGCAGAGCGGCUUGGUUUUCACCCUGAAGCCAUUUGGGAAGCUAAAGAGAAAAACCAAUCAACAGAUGGAGGAAGUCGCCGAACCGUCGUCUGCUGCCGGGAUGCAGAGUGGACACGAUGCUGAUGACGGAGAGGCGACGAAGGAGGUGAACACUGAAACGGAAUCUUCACCAGCAACUGGACAAGACACCGCAGACGAUUGUACCACAGCAAAUGUGACGGAACCCAAACACGGCGCCGGCCAGUGCACACGGGAAGCAGAAGUCAAGAAGAGAGGGAGGACGUUUGUCUGCGACGUCUGUGACAAGAGCUUCAGCCGGCAGUUUCAUCUGACGAAGCACAUGAACACUCACAAGGAGCAGAGGCCCUUCGCCUGCGGCCAGUGUCCGAGGAAAUUCAGAACCACGGCGACUUUUGAGUAUCACCUGCUGCGCCACGAGGAGAUGAAGUAUGCCGCCUUCAAGUGCCCGCUCUGUGAGAGGACGUUCAAAACCAAAAUGCAUCUGAAGACUCAUCAGCUCGUGCACACGGAGAAGAGGCCCUUCGCGUGCUCCACCUGCGGCAAGGCCUUCAAAACCAAACACAACUUGCAGGCGCACCAGGUCGUCCACACCAGUGAAAAGCCGCACAGAUGCUCAGAGUGCGGGGAGAGCUUCAGGUACGCCUUCACCCUGCAGUGCCACAGGAGCGUUCACACCGGGGAAAAUCCUUACAAAUGCACUGAGUGUGGCAAGGCUUUCGUGAAGAGGAGGUCCCUGAGGACGCACCAGUCAGUCCACAGGGGGAAAACGUUCACGUGCGAGACGUGUGGCGCAGGCUUCACUCUUCAGCACAACCUGAAGAGACACAUCCGCAUCCACACGGGGGAAAAGCCGUUUAAGUGCAAAGUCUGCGCGAAGAGUUUCGUUCAGGACAACAAGCUGAAGGCUCACAUGCUCCUCCACGGUGCGUUGAAGGCGUUCAUGUGCGACCUGUGCGGAAAGACCUUUCUGUACAACUGCCAGCUGCAGAAACACCAGCGGGCGACUCACGACGACAGACACGGGCAGGUCGGCAGGAGACGAGUUCGGGAGCGCGGCAACCGCAGAGUGAUUUAUCGCCGGGACAGAACCACGGUGGACGUGACGCCGCUCAGCUGCCAGACCUGCCGCAAGAGCUUCGACACCGCAGCCUCGCUGAAGAGACACGAGCUGAUCCACGCGGGUCAGACGCCGUACGGCUGCCACACAUGUGGGAAGUCCUUCUUCUACAAAGCCACGUUCGACUACCAUCAGCGGAUCCACUCGGGAGAGCGUCCGUUCGGCUGUGACGUCUGCGGGAAGACGUUCGUCAUCCGCCAGGCUCUCAAGUCCCACCAGCUGCAGCACUCGGGGGAGAAGCCGCAUGAAUGUGAGCAGUGCGGCAAGGCCUUCAGGAUCUACACCAACUACCUCCGACACCUGAGGAUCCACACGGGGGAGAAGCCGUACGAGUGCGAGGUGUGCGGGGUGAGGUUCAGGCAGCUGGGACACGUGAAGUUUCACAUGCAGGUCCACACGGGAGAACGGCCGUAUUCCUGCGGCGGCUGUGGACUCGGAUUUUCCGAUUCCAGGCUGCUCAAGAGACACAACUGCACCGAGAUGUGUCAGAAGAUGUCGGGGGGCACACUCACCACGGCCGGAAGAAGAAGAAGAAGAAGAAGAAGAAGAAGAAGAAGAAGAAGAAGAAGGUGGUGUGAUCGAUGUUGUGGUUCUGAGAGGGAACUUUUGUGUUUUUCUCCACCAUACAGCGACAUCGCCAUAAGCACUCGUUUUCACUGUAGUUAUAUUACCGCGACAGCAGCUGUCGCCGGCAUGUCGGAGCUGGAGGCGCAGCUGGGCUCCAUUUUGGAGAUAUUAGUGAACGCCACCGUCACAGAAAUGAGCAGAGUUACUGCCGAGAACACACACGGCGGCUCGGAGGAGCAGGUACGUUCACCCGUGAUCCAGUUCAGUGUCUUCGUGACGUCUCUGGCUCGGGAGGCUGUGGAGAAGAUCUGUCAACUUUUUAGUGAAUGUUCCUCUCUGCUGCAUUUGGAAGUGUCACAGGGCGCGGCAGAGAUCGAGGACCUGAGGCGGAGGCUGGAGCUGGCCGAAACGGAGCUGAAGCUGGUGUUGGAGAGCGGCGGAGGCCAGAGGGAAGCGGAGGAGCUGAUGGAGGAGGGCAACAGAGAGGAGGAGGAGGAGGACGGGGGGGCUCUGACCAACGGAGCAGAAGGAGACACUGUCCAGAAGAACCACCGCUCAGCGAGGAAGAGCCGCAGAGCCGUGGCUACUGGUGACACUGGGGUAAAAAGGUCACCGAUACUUCACCUGUGGAAAGGCAGAACGUACGAGGACAGUGUUCAAGCGGUUACAAUAAAGGAGGAGGGAUUGGAAGCGUUUGCUGGCCAGAAGUCUUCUGAUGCCACUCACUGCAUUGAAGAAACGGGCCAGAACGAUGACGACGACCCAGACUCUCAGCUGGAGCCAGAAGAUCCAGAUGACACAGGAUACACCGCCAGACCCAAACGUGUCGCAAAACCCAGGUUCCACCGAGGUCGGGCAAAGAAGGAGGGUCAGAACCAGCAGCCCCUGAGCUGCAAACACUGCAGGAAGACGUUCACCAAGCUGCUGCAGCUCAAAGCCCACCAGGUCGUCCACGGGGCGAGCGCCGAGAAGCCCCUUCACUGUCCCCAGUGUGGCAGAGGCUUUUCGUUCCAGCGCAGCCUCGACGCACACAUGCUGCUCCAUACAGGUGAGAGACCACACACCUGUGAUGUGUGUGGGAAGGGUUUCACCCUGAAGCAGCUCCUGAGGAACCACCAGCGGCUCCACGCCGAUGUCAGGCCGUUUCGCUGUGAGCAGUGCGGCAAGAGCUUCUACCGAGCCCACGGCCUGAAGAUGCACCAGAUGGUCCACACCGGCGAGCGGGCCUACAACUGCCAGUACUGCAACAAGAGUUUCACGAUACAAGGGAACCUGCAGCGGCACCUGCGCAUACACACGGGCGAAAAGCCCUUCAGGUGUGAGACCUGCGGCAAAAGCUUCAACCAGGCCGACACUCUGAAGGGCCACCAGCGGAUACACACCGGUGAGCGUCCCUUCAGCUGCGAGACUUGUGGCAAGUGCUUCAUCCAGAAGAGUGCCUUGAAGAUGCAUCAGAAGACCUCCCACUCGGGCGAGAACUCGCUGGCCUGCGUGGCAUGCGGCGCCGCCGUGGCCUGCGUCGACUCGCUGCGCAAACACCUCCAGACGCAUGCGGCGACCAUUCCGUGCACGUGCGUCCUCUGCGGCAGGCGUCUCAGCUCCAUCACAGACGUGCGCUCGCACCAGCAGCACCACACGGUGGACCGGCCUCACAGCUGCGGGCUCUGCGGAAAGAGCUUCAAGUCGUCCAGCUACCUGAAGAUCCACAUGAAGACACACAGCGGGGAGCGGCCGUUCUCCUGCGACAUCUGUGGUCGCAUGUUUACACAGCACAGCAGCCUUAAAUCCCAUCAGGUGGUCCACACAGGGGAGAAACCGUUCAGAUGCGACACAUGCGGGAAAUGUUUCAGCAACACGGGCAACCUGAACAGACACCAGCGUAUCCACACCGGCGAGAAGCCGUUCAGCUGUGACACGUGCGGACGCAGCUUCAACCAGGGCAACAGCCUGAAGGCCCACCAGCAGAUACACACCGGGGAGAAACAGUUCAUGUGCGACAAGUGUGGGAAGAGUUUCUCCUACCUGAGGAACCUCAAGGACCACAAGUGUUUCUACGUAUGAUGCAAAAAGAGCCGCCCGCCCUGGUGGCGUUCGCUUCCCUGUAACUGUUGAGGGGAAAUAAAUGGAUGGAUUGGAGAAAAUUAA